AUGAGUGGACACAUCCAAAAUCUCCUCUCGCAUCUCCAUAAUGAAGAAAAUGCUCGUCAAAGAGUUACUGCGUUAGUGUAUCCUCUCAUGCAGAUUCGGAGGCGACACGCCGAGGAAGAGUCAGAAACAGGAGCGCGAAGGGCACGUGUUGAAUUAACGCAGGAGGAGGAGGUACCUCCAGAAAUUAUCCAGCUCUCGUCUGAAGCGAACAUCGAAGAGCCGCAGCGUGGAGGAAACCGAAUACUCCCUGCUCAGGAGAAUUUGGAAGAGGAAGAGGAGGAGGAGCAGGAGCAAGAAACAGCUGACGAAGAAAGGGAGGAGGAGGUGAGAGAGGAACAAGUGGAAGAGGAAACAGAGGAGGAGGAGGAGGAGGAAAGGGAACAAGCACGAGUAGCGCAAAACGCCGGUGGUCUCGAUAUCGCGCAGAAUUUUAACGUGUUUUCAAUGUCAACGGCACCCAGAGGUCGCGAGCGCGUUUCGAAUAAACUUACACGGGAAGACGUUGCGAAACGUUCGAUUUUAACAAUCUCCAAUUUGGAUAAUUUGUGUUUUCCUUGCUCUCUCAUAAUCACGCAAAUUUAUCAUGAACGCGGAACGUUGCGAGCGGGGGAACUUCACAAGCGAUGGAAUAUGGUAAAACGUCAGAAUUCCUCGUUACAACGCGAUCUCGCGCAGGAUUUGACGAGGAGGGCUGGCGUCACUAUUACACCGGAGGGUUGCGGGAUUCAGGAAAUAGAAUAUUUCCAACGCUUUCUCGCCGCAUCCGAUAUCGCGAUUAUUGUUUAA